UCGGGUGCGGUGUUGACGUACGCUUGCUGCUGCAUUUUUGCGAAAAAAUCCGUGUUUUUCGGCACCAGCGCUGCCAAAACUGUGGAGAGCGUGUGCGUGAAUGUGUCAUGCGUCGAGUGCAACCAUUUUUCGACCCUUCCCCGUAGGAUUCGACGGUGAAAAAUGUGAAUUUCCAUCGGUUCCAGCGAAGAACCGUGCGUGGUGGAGUGAUGAUGUUAGUUGCCUUAUGCCACCUCCGUCGUCGUCGUCGUCGUCGAUCGUCGUGUGGCCGCUUGGAAGGGAAAGCGAAUGCGAGUGAAUGAAAUAGAUUGUGUAGUACGUGUGCAACUCUUCGCUCCCGGGGCGGCUUUAGUGUAGUUCAGUUUUGUUCUACCGCUUGGUUCUGGUGUGCAGAAGAAGUCAAAGCAAUCCUUGUUGGUGGAUAAAGCAGAAGUUGUUGGGUUCUGUGGUGAUCAACGGUGGAUCGGUGUCGAUUGUUGCGGUGUCAAAAGUGCUCCAAAAGGGCUUUAGUAAAUGCUCUCCGUUUGUUGGCAGAAAAAGUGGUUCUAAGCAGACACCGUCAGCAGUGAAGUGUGGAUAAGUAACGUUUACUCGAAAAGAAAGCAAUUGAAAAGGCAAAAAAAAAGCAAAUCGGUGGUCAAGCACACCGACGUGAAAUGUGACAGCAUCUGCUGUAUGUGUCUCUUUCCAGAGAUAUAGGUGUCUCUAGUGCGAGAGAAAGUGAGAGAGAGAAAAGGAGCGAAAGAGCGCACCUCGACUCAACAGUGAGAGAGUGCGGUAGCAUCAUCAGGCGAGUGUGCUCACGUGUGUGCGUGGUGUGAUGAGAUUUAAAGAUGGCGGCAUCGACUAACAGAAGGAGAGAAAGCACCUUAUCGAAAUUAUCAUGUUCUCGAUGCUGCGGCGACCUGUUUGGCUAUCUUCUGCGGCUUCGCGUCAGCCCGGAGGAGCUGGAGCAGCGCUACAAAUCGCGCGAAAUUGACAAAUUUCUCGAGAAGGAUAAACAUGCAUUUCGGCGACAGGUCAAGCUGUUGCUGCUGGGCGCGGGCGAAUCCGGUAAAUCGACGUUUCUCAAGCAGAUGCGCAUCAUACACGGGAUCAACUUCGAGCCCGAACUCAUCCGAGAAUACCAACAUGUGAUCUACCAAAACAUAGUCAAGGGCAUGCAAGUGUUGUGUGACGCUAGAGAUAAGCUAGAUAUACCCUGGGAGGACCCGAAAUCGCAGCAGGCCGCGAACAAAGCGAUCCUGUUUCACAGCGGCUGCCUGCUGGCCGCCGAACAGUUCAACCAGUACGUUCCGUACAUCAGAAUCCUGUGGAGGGAUGGCGCCAUCCGGAAAGCGUACGACCGACGAAGGGAGUUCCAAAUUAGUGAUUCUGUUAGUUAUUUCCUAGAUGAAUUAGACCGAAUAUCGAGGUUAGAUUAUGUACCCACCCAUCGUGAUAUUUUGCACUGUCGCAAAGCAACUAAAGGUGUAUUUGAGUUUACGAUUAGGAUACAGAACAUUCCAUUUGUGUUCGUCGACGUCGGAGGACAGAGGACACAGCGCCAAAAGUGGACCAAAUGCUUCGACUGCUCCGUCACGUCGAUCCUGUUUCUGGUGUCGACCUCCGAGUUCGAUCAGGUGCUGGCUGAAGAUAGGCAAACGAAUCGCUUGGAAGAGUCACGGAACAUCUUCGACACCAUAGUGAACAACACCACGUUCCAGGGGAUCUCGAUCAUCCUGUUCCUGAACAAGACGGACCUCCUGCAGCAGAAGGUGAAAAACCCGGAGACGGACAUCCGCUGGUACUACCCGCAGUUCACCGGCAACCCGCACUCGAUCCUCGACGUGCAGAACUUCAUCCUGCAGAUGUUCAUGAACGUGCGGAAAAACACCAAAACGCCCAUCUACCACCACUUCACGAACGCGGUCGACACGCAGAACAUCCAGGUCGUGUUCAGCUCGGUCAAGGACACCAUCCUGCACCGGAACCUGUCCGCGCUAAUGUUGCAGUAGGAAAGGAUCCGGCGGGGGUGGUCCGGGCGCCGGGAGUGUUCGUUAUUGGUGUUUUUGGUUCCAAUUUCCGAUGGCUGACUUCGUUCCGUUCGUUUCGUGCUGCUGUCAGAAUAUCUCUAGCGUAACGAGAUAUGACUGUCCCCGUAUCGGUCGGGUUCAGAUAAGAUUGAGUGGACCCUUGUGAAUUUAAUUACAAAGAAUUUCCAAACAGCAGAAUACAUUUUUAUUUCCUUUAGAUCUAUUUAACGCUUUAACAGAAGAACUAUUGAUUAGCAUUUUCAUCACAAGAACCGAUAGGAGUUGCACAAUGUAGGGGAAAACCUUUUCUUCAAUUUUUCAAACAUCACACUUAAAAUUUUCUUUCUAUUGUUCCGUGUCCAAUUACUAUAAAUCAGUUGAAUUUAACUUUAUCAUCCACGCCUACUUGAUGAUCCGCGACCGGCACAAGAACAAAAGCAUGAACGAAGCAGUGUAUCAAAAAUCUGGAAUAUGCUUAGAAUCAUGAAAAGAAAAUCCAUAAAUGGACGGAAAAGGCACACAAUUUACACCAAAAACCAAAAACUAAUUUUAAUCAGAACAAAAUCACGCUCAUAAAACAAAUGUAUGAGAAAUAAUGAACCACGGGAGGGAGGGUGUGUUAGGGAAGAAGAAGGCAGAAACAACAAGUAUUUAAGAAUUAUUUGAAUACUAUUUGAAGUAGGCGCGCAGAGCCAGAGAGGGAAUAGGGAGUCACGUACUUUGGGGAAUAGAGAAUGGAUUGCUCGGAUUGGAAAAUAGCUGCAUAAUUAUUACACUUCAAUUUUAGUCAUAUACAUAAUUGCCAUAUGUGUUGUGUCUUUCGAUUGGUAUUAAGUUUAGAUUUGCCUUAAAAAUCUUUUUAUUUAACAUCCACAAUCAUCAUUUUUUUCUUUCGUAAAAUCAUCACCACAAGCGUGUGCCAUAAAACAGUGUGUGUGUGUGUGUGUCUCUCUCUAGAGGCACGAUAAGAUUUCGUUUCGUUUCAAUUGCCCAAUCCGAGCAUUUUCCUUUGAUCUUCCUUCGAGCAAAGACGUGCACUUUCCGAUGCACUUUUUCAGGUGGGGGUUUGUGCGCAAUUUCUAAGAAAGACAAAUCAUUAGAGUGUAGCUAAAUAGGAGAAGUAAAAACCCCGUCGGCAAUCGCCGCGCGGUUCGGUGGAGCAUCAUCACGCCUUGUACAUAGGAACUGAAAACACACCCCGAACAAUGCUGGUUCAUCCCUCCUACGCCACUCCGAGAAGGAAGGAAUGUGUAGGAAGGAUGUGUUUGUUUUGUAGCAUUUAAUUGCCAAACAUUGCGCGAGGGAAGGCGCACGAGGGGGAAAGGCAAUUAAGAAGGAAGUUACUUCUGCUAACUACGGUUAAUCGCUCGCUCAAGGAGAGACAAUGGGAAGGGAAAUACACGGUAGAUACUUUCCCAUCCCGAUGGAAGUAGAUAGAGAACCGUUCGAAACAGGAAGACACGUGUAUUGUAUUGUACCACAUUCAGCAUCCAAGUAGCCUACCAAUAUUCUAAUCCAAGUAAUCACACACGAAACGAAGAUACAGCAAGCCGCGGAGCGUAUCCUAGCAGCAUUAUAACGAGCAUUCCUUUCGACGACGAAUCCGUAGCCUAGCUUGGGCGGUCACGGUUUUAGGGUUAGAAGAUUCGCUUUUUUUUAGAUAACGAUGGAAGGCAAUAUACGGACCAAUAAUACUGUUACGAUUGCAUCACGCGAGGCGGAUAUGCUCGGUCAAAUGAAAUCCGGUGUAGGAUAACGAUAAACAAAAAACGCACACCAACAACAUGUCACUAUCCAUAUGAGGACGACGAAGGAAGGACAUGGAUGAUGUGUCUUUUUGGCAACGACAACUACAAGACUACUCUGGCGACCGGUUGGCCGGAUCCGUGUUUUUGCUAGAGACAUUUUGGACUCAAGUUUCUCGUAGUAUUCGUAGGAUGAAAAUCGGUUUUUGACGGGCAGGUCCUGUGUGUGGAGCCCUGUCGUGUUUUGUAAGCUUUGCCUUUUUUUGUCUCUCUUAUACAACUCGCUUUUGCGAAAACAUUGUGUGUCCUCGUAGGGACGCGGUGCAAGCGAAGGUGAAGGAAAACGAGUAGUUUAGGAAACCAAUGUAAACGUCCAACUGCCGCGACUCGGCCCUUUUCUGGCAAACAAGUUCAGCACAGGGAGGGAUGGAACAAAAAGCUUAAUGUGCUCGGUGCAAUAACCGGAAGGAAGUUAGUUAUUGAUCGUGGCGUACCGGAAUUCGUUUUAGUUUUUCCUCAGCUUUCGUUACUACUAACUCGCCAAAUAUGGAGCUCGCUCUGCCAUCGAGGAUCGAUGUUGAUCUCCUGCUCGGGAAAAUCGAAAGCGCAUGAAUGUUGAUUUCAUUUGAGGUAACGGAGGUGAUGGUGGUUGGAAAGGAACACGAGGGGUAACCAAACCGGGCUGAGACGAACCUCGGAAAACCCGUUAACAACGAGGAGCUGCUUGUGUAGUAUUUAUAUGUGGGUUUAUUUUUUAUUACGAAUUAUUAUGAUUAGGAUUACUUCUCAUUUCUUCUCCCCCUCACGCUCGCUGAAGCGAAUAUGUAUGAAUAUGUAUGGAUUUGUAUGUAUAUGUGAACAUAAAAAAUGAUAUAAGUUGUUGUUCGAUGUUA